GCCAACCUCUUCAGUUGCAGCCCUCAAUCUCUCAUCUGACUCACUCGAUCUGUGUUGUAGACUGCCAAGGAAAACAAUAUCAACGAUCCAGUAGCCCUUUGCUUUGUUGCCUCGUAAACCCGAGAUCAGAAACGGAGAAAGUGAAGUCUAGGAAGCUCUUUUGGCUGAAUCAUUGUUGGACAUUUGAAUUUGUGGGGAAGUGGACGAGUAUGCUUUUCUGUUUUGAUUUUUUCAAUUAUGAGCUUAUGGCGUGGAAGAAGAGAAAGAAGCGUAUUUGUUUUCUUUUCAUCAACUUGGAUAAGAUGGGAUUUGAUCUUGAUUAUCUUGGGUUGAUUAUUGGAAUGGAUGAUCUCGGAAUUAUUUUUGUGGAUGUGGACGAGGAUCUUCAAGGUAAAUUUGAUUCCAUGAAGGCAUCCAACUCUACACCAGUAGCCGAUCACAAUGAAAAUCGGGUCAAGAGAGCAAACUUUUACGAAAACACCCGAACUAAACCACAAAUCCUACAUAAUAACCUUAUGGGGAGAAAAUGGUCAAUUUUAUUGUUGAGGCGGUUAUAGGGGAAAAGACAGACCCCAUUACCAUCACUUUAGUAUAAGGCUAAGUAUUGAAAACACUUCAGUAAAAUCAUAUGUGUUAUGUGAUAGCUUUAUCGGGGAUUGAUGGAGUGGGGAAAACCACAAUGAUGUAAAAAGACGUCCCUAUUGUUAUUACAUUAGCUCUGCACGACAGCCUUAUUGAGGAUGGAUGAAGUGGGGAAGACCACAAUGAUGUGGAAUUUGUAAAAUAAAAAAUAUACUAAAUUUUAUUGUUGAGACGGUUAUAAAGUAAAAAAUGGAUCCAUUGCCAUUUUUGAAAUCAAUGUGAUUGUUAUUUAUGAUUUUAAUUGUAAAUUUCAAUAAGAGAAUUUACUUAUAAGGCCUGUUUUUAUUAAUUUUA